AUGGUCCGGGAUCGAGCUCUGGGUGAUCCGGGGAUGACGACGCGGGCGUGGAACUUUGCGAUUCGAGCGGCGGCGAGGGCGGAGACGGAGGCGGAUGGCAAACGGAGAGCGCGAGAGGUGUGGGACGCGAUGCGCCUGGAGACGCGACCGAGUGCGUACACGGUGAGUGAGCUGGCGAGAGCGUUGUGUCGACGACGAAGUGACGUGCGGGAAGCGAUGGGGGUGAUGCGAGAGGCGGUGUCGUCGGGAGGGACGAUGAACUCGUUCGCGUUGGACGCGCUCAUCACCGCGUGCGCGAGAGAGUUGAGAGAGGAGCGGGCGAAGGGGCGGUUGAAGGAUGAGAAGAGGGACGCGGAGACGGUUGAGAUCGUGAUGGAGGUGUGGAAGAGUGGGCGGGGGUACCAUAACGAGGUUUCGCUCGCGAACGCGAUGCGGGUGUUUCGCUUGUGCGGUAGGGAAGAUUUGGCCAUGACGAUUUUCAAAGAGAACGAAGUGAAGACCGUCGACGCGAGGCUAUUGAAAAUCGCGCUUCAGUGCUGCGCCGGAGUGGAGGGAUUGGCGAGUGCGGAGAAAAUGUAUCGCGAGGCAACCGCAAUCGGUGGCGACAUCGUCGCUGAGACGGGACACGCGAACACGCUUCUGUACGCGGCCAAGGACGAGGGAGACCACGCGUUCGCGACCAAAUUUUUCGACGACAUGCUCGCCGGAGUCGAGCCGCCACCGGAUGAGAGCUCGCUCUCGCUCGUCAUUUUGGCGUGCGCAAAGGCGAAAGAACCGGACUUGGCGAUGAAAUAUUUCGAACGCGGUGGAGACGCAGGCAUCAAGUACACGGAUUCAACAAUAGACGCUUUGCUUAGAGCUUGCUCGAAGUCUGGGCGGAUCAUCGACGCGCUGAGUGUGUUCAUGGACGCCAUCGAGCAAGGUAUCAAGGUCACAGAGCGCACGAUAACGCUGCUCGUCGAAUCCUACGAGCAUGUGGCGUCGCAACCAGAUCAGCUCGCACAGGCGCUCACAUUUGCAGACAUGGGCGCGUUUUUGAACAUCGAGCCAUCGGAACGCAUGAUCAAGGCGUUACUCCGUCUAUGCGUCGCCGGGGAUGACAUCGAUCGCGGGCGCUUGGAGUUACGAAAGGCUCUGGAGCGUGGUGUGCCCAUGACGUGCACGAGCGUGACCAUUAUCGCAGAAGCUCUCGUCUCUCGUGGAAAUGUGGAGGAAGCGCUUGAUAUCAUUCGUUUCGGCCGUGAACGAGGCAUUAAAAUCAAUCCAGGCGCGUUCAUUCAAACGAUUAGCGUGAUCAAGGUGCGAAAUGACGGCGCAGGCGCCCUCACGUUGUAUAAAGCCGCGAGGGGCGAAUUCGGCCUCAGUCCAAACGAGCGCAUGCUUGAGGAACUCUUCGACGCGCUAGGCCGAGCGGGGAUGUGGAAAGACGCCCUUCGUGUCCUCUCCGACGACGUUCUUGUUGACGACGGCGCGCUCAAGAGUUUCAGUGAACCCGCGGUCGCUCACCUCGUGCGCGCCCUCUGCGAGGCGGGCGAGUUCGAGCAAGCCGUCGCAGCGCUCGACAUGGGCCGUCUCCUCACCGGCACCCCGAACGAUCUCGCCUCUCGCCGACUCGAGCGCGCCAAGCAGCGCGCGAAGAAAGCACUCGCCGAGUAA